AUGGCGCGUCCGCGGCCCCGCGAGUACAAGGCGGGCGACCUGGUCUUCGCCAAGGUGAAGGGCUACCCGCAGUGGCCGGCCCGGAUUGAGGAACUCCCGGAGGGAGCUGCGAAGCCUCCAGCAACUAAGUAUCCUAUCUUCUUUUUUGGCACCCAUGAAACUGCAUUUCUAGGUCCCAAAGACCUUUUCCCUUAUAAGGAAUACAAAGACAAGUUUGGGAAGUCAAACAAACGGAAAGGAUUUAAUGAAGGAUUGUGGGGGAUAGAAAAUAACCCAGGAGUAAAGUUUACUGGGUACCAGGCCAUUCAGCAACAGAGCUCUUCAGAAACCGAGGGAGAAGGCGGGAAUACUGCAGAGGCAAGCAGUGAGGAAGAAGGUGAUAGAGUGUAAGAAGAUGGAAAAGGCAAAA